AUGUCAUACUCAUACGAAGAAGAGAGUAAAAAGCUGUUGGAUUAUCUUCGAGUAGUCUGUGAAAAAGCUGAAGAGAACAAAAAUGGUCGAAGUAGAAAAAGAAUGGAAAUAGAAAGAAAAAUGAGAACACAAUUCAGAGCGGUAAUGGAGAUGCAAACAGCAGUGGCUAAUUAUAGGUACGAUUUGAUACCCUCUGGAAUGGUGAAAUACUACGUUCAAAACUAUACCGAUAUGGCCUAUUUACAGGCCAGCAUUUAUAAUAUCACUAAAAACAAAGGACCAAAUUAUCUAUUAGACCCUCAUGACGAUGACAGAAUAAUAACUGAAUUAUUAAAAUACAGGCGUGCCAAAGACGCAGAAGCAGCUGCUUCUGCGCAAAAUGACUCGAAUGCUUUACAACAAUCUCACUUUAAGGUUGAAAAAGGAGGAAAGAAAGAAACUACUGACCAUUUGGCCGAAACAGCAAGGAAUAAUUUUGUUCCACCUCUGUCAAAAGACCACCCUGAGGUAGCAGCACCAAUAUUAUUACCCACAACAAUACCGCAAGAUGUUUUUGAACCAAUCAAGAUUCCCUCAAAUACAAAUUCAUUGAGAAAAACCCUUGAAUCCGUCAAACAAAGUGUAACAUCUAAUGUGGAACUUUCUCAACUUUCCAAAUUAACAUCUGCUGAUGAAAAUCCCAAGACUUCCAAGAGUGAUUUUAUCCAGGAUCUGGCCAACAAUCUUAGUAAAGAUGCCAGUCAUCCCCAGAAAUCGACUUCUCAACCGCGUGAGACAAACCCUUUAAUGGAAGCAAAUAUUGUAGAAAGCAUAUCGCAUACUAACAUCCAAUCUGAUAUCGAUACAUCUGCACAUACUCCUGAAGUUGCAACGGCUCAUGACAGCCUAGUAAACAGAACUCCCGUGAAAUCAAUAAGUACUGAAGCUAAUAUUGGCCAGCAACUACUCGAUAAACCUUCCAAUGAACCUUCAAUAAGUCCAAUGCUAAGAAAAGAAAAGGAUGUAAACGUUACAAAAAAUAAAAGUGUACCCAGUAAUAAAAGUGACGAUUACAUAUCUGAACAAAUAAAAGAGAACUCAAGUACUGUGACCAAGAUUAUCGAUAACCCUGUAAACGAGAACCCAUUGAAAGAUCAAGUAUUAAAAUCUAUAAAUGGACAAGUCUCGCAAAUUCCCCAUCCCAAAACCGCUAAAGAUUCAAUAGAACCAAAAUCACCCGUCCAAAACAUAUCCUCCAACCAGGCAUCCUCUCUUGAACAUCCACCCGUAAAUAACCUUUUAGCCGCUACAAGCAUAUUCCAUUCGCAAACUAAUUUGUCUGAAUUCAAGGCAAUAUCGACGCCUCAAUAUAGUCAUGUAAUAUCUGGCCCACCAUCUGUGGAACCAAAAGAAAGCAAGAAGGCACAGCCAAAUGAGUCUUUAAAAAAUAAUGGUAAAACCCCUAACCCAACAACUGUAUUGCCGACAACAACUGAAAACAAUGCAAACAAGGCAAGCAUAUUAAAUUCCUCUUUAAUUAGUACCUCUAAAAGAAUAUUGGAUUUACCAAACUCGUCCUUGCCUGCUGGCCCAGAUGCUGGCCGAGCUAAUGAACACAAGCCUAAGAAAAGAAAACUUGAAUCUAGUACGGUGGGUGAUGAGCAGGUCGUCAAAGUACCGACCCUAUCACAGACAGAGACUGAUAAAAUGGACACUCUACUACUAGCUGAUUCCAACUCUUCUAUUGAAGCUGAUUCAAAGUCGAUUGUACCAGCCUCAAUUGCUUCCUCAGCAGCUACUAGCAAAAUAAAAGAAAGUUCCAAAAGCAAGUCAAGUUCGUCAAAUAUAGAACAUAAAGAUAAUAGCAACUUAUUUCGCUCCACGAAUAUGGAGACUAGCAAAACCACAAUCACAACCUCAAUCCUAAAUAAUCUUGUAAAUGUCUCAAACUCAGAAACUCUUAGGGAACAAACCACCAAAGAUAGUGUAUCUUCUACUCAAAAAGGUAAUUCACUACUUGACUCAGAGUCUCCCGUGACAGACCCCCGAAAAUCUGAUAAAUUGAAAGACGCCAAGGACCUUGAUGUUUUAACUCAAGAACCCCUUAACCCUUCGAUAUCUGGAUUACAAAUUUCUCCGACAAAUGUUCAAAGUAGGCCUGGUAAUGCUGAAAAUCAAUUCGAACUUACUAGAGAACCUGAUACUAAAGUUGAAGUUCCUCAGGCAAAUAGCAAAUCCAUUGAUACGAAAGAGCAACUACUAAACCCCCCGCCAAAUGAUACCAGUGUGAGUAAUACAGCCUUGUUAGGUAACCUCAAUUCGAGUACAGAGGAACGGUCAAAUAUCUCGUAUCCAGCAUCCUCACCUGUCUCGACGACAACUAAUAUUCUUGAAGUUAAAAACUCGGCCAAGGUUGAUUUAAAGGAAAGCUUUAAGGACCAAACCAAAACAACUAAUGAGCCUGAGAUGACUGAAAACAAUAGUAUGAUCACCAAUAGACAUGAAGAAACUGAAGUCCUUGAACAAAAUCAGGUAAUUGAAGACGCCACUAUUCACAAACGCGCAACUAUUGAUAACACUCACUCAGCGCAACAAAAGUUAUUAGCAUCUCCUAUUCAUUCUAAAAACACUCCUCCCAAAUCAACUCGAAUAAUAGGCAGGCAGUCACCUGCUCAGUUCAUACCUGCAAGGCCCAUGUCUUCGUUAUCAGGCCGUAUUAUAGAUAGUAAGAAGCCUAGUAAUAUAGAAAGUGAAGAAAUUGGGCGAAACACUAAUACGUCAGUAGAACAUAAGCCUACUACCUACAGGAGUAAAUCUUCUUCAGCUUUAGUUAGGAGGGGAAGAUCACCAGUUGAAUCUUUGCCCAUCUACGAAACAAAACCCUUGAGUAAGGGCUCUGUUUUGACAUCAACGACAUCGAGGUUUGGCUCUCAUGUUAUAGAACUUCCUCGCUCCAGAUAUGGUAGUCCUAUUUCAAGUGGAAAAUCAGGCAGGAACAGACCUUCAAGCCAACUUUUAGACUCUAAUAGGACCGCCAGAUUGCCUUCAAUUUCGAGGUUUGGGUUGAGUGCACCACCCCCAUCUUUACCAAUUACACCAACUAUCAAAAAAUCCAACCACCCUAUAAGUGUAUCCCUAUCUAAUUCAAGAGAUAGAACUUCCAAGUUUGGAGCUGCAUCAAGAAAUUAUCCCAUUUCUAACGGGCCAGCCAGGAGAAUCACAACCCCAAUUUCAACUACAGAUCCUUCUUUUGCUUUGACCGGAAAGGAUGAUUCUCCGAAAAAGCAACCGAUGGUUAUAUCCUUCUUGAAUCCUGACCAGAAUGUUUUGCCUUCUCGUCCAAUGAGUGGUGAUGUGGCAUUAGGUGGUAAAAAACAACCAAAAUCCUUGAGAAAAAUGGGCAAUAUUGCUAGGAAGUAUAAUUUAGAAGAAUAG